UCACCAUAUGAAUUUAAGCUCCUCUAUCGUGGCAGUCGAGAUGGUUUCGCAGCCUCAAAAUUCCAUGAGCUUUGUGGUUCUCGAAGUCAGACGGUAGUGGUCGUCAAGAUAAACCAAACUGAAAGAAUUAUCGGCGGUUAUAACCCUAGCACUUGGGGAGGUGGAAGUGUUUAUAACAGACAAAUGUAUUUUAUAAGUGUCCCCGAUGCUUUUAUCUUUUCUAUCAGUGAUGGAAACGUAAAGUUUUCACGCAGUAUUUCAGGAAAUCAAAUUGCAUAUAAUCCUUAUCAAAUUACUUACGGCCCAUAUUUUUAUAAUGAUCUAUGCAUCAGCGACCAAUGCGAUCAAAAUACUUCGAGUUGGUAUCGUCCUGGUUGCUUUAACACGCCGAAUAAUAAUAUAUGGGAUGAUAAUAAUGCUAUCAAAUAUUUCCAAGUAGAUGAAUUUGAAGUAUUUUGUAUUUAA